UGAAUUUUAUCCAAGAAAGAGCAAAGCUCUCUGCUGCAUCGUUUCCUGGUGAUCUACAGAGGCAAAACAAACUUUUAUACUUCUCUCUACAGCAGGCUGCAGAAAGAAACCAAAUGGCUAGCAAUAAUCAUGCCUCAUCCGACAUAGAAAACCCUCAACAAGUUCCAUUGCAAGAUUCAAUAGCAGGGGAGUUGGAAAGCUUGUCUUGCAUAUCCUCUGCAUGUAGUAUCUAUAGAGUUCCUGAGCGACUACGUCAUGUCAAGGAAAGAGCCUAUACACCAAAGGUAGUCUCCAUUGGACCCCUUCAUCAUGGUAGGAAAGGCUUAAAAGCCAUGGAAGAGCAGAAAAAGUGGUACCUGAGAGAUUUUAUUCGACGGAGCAAUCCAAGCUUGGGGUCCUUUAUCAGAGUUGUAAAGGAGAAGGAAGAAAGACUGCGUGGUUGUUAUGCAGAAAGAAUUCAAUUUAGCAGUGAUGAAUUUGUCAAAAUCAUUCUAGUGGAUGCUGCCUUCAUCAUUGGUGUCUUACUGAGGCUCAAAUUCCCUAAUGACCUGCAGGAUGAAAAUGACUGCAUAUUUAAUAGGCCCUGGAUGUUGCAGGAUGUAUGGCCUGACAUGCUAUUGCUUGAAAAUCAGCUUCCAUUCUUCAUUCUUGAGAAUCUUUUUGAACAUGGCAAUGUGAAAGUCUCAUCCCAUGGGCUCUCCAUCUAUGAGCUUUCACAUAACUUCUUCAAAGAUCUAAUGCAUUUGGAGGAAACAGAAGACAAAUUGAAGACAAUCAUCAGUUCUUCUAAAAAAGUUGAACACUUUGUGGACUUCCUAAGACACUUACAUCUACCAGAUUUGCAGCAGCAGCAGAAGCAAAAAGGCAAACUUCAAACACUAACCACCCCCAGCAUGAUGGAGCUACACCUUGCCGGAGUCGGGUUUGAAGUUGGGUCAAGCAGAAACUUGUUUGACCUUCAAUUCAAUAAAGCCAAAGGGAUUCUGAAAAUCCCAAAACUUAUUAUAUGUGAUGAGACAGAAGUCUCAGUUCGUAAUCUGCUGGCCUUUGAGCAAUGCUAUUAUAGGGAGAAUUACAUAAAUGAUUAUGUUGUCAUCAUGGAUCGCCUUGUGAACUCCCAGAAGGAUGUUGACUUGUUGGUCGAGUAUGGAAUUUUUGAGAACAGGCUUGGGGACAGCAGUGAAGGGUCAUUUCUUAUUAACAAACUUGCUGAUGGGGUUAUUUUGGACUUCACCGAGUUCUAUUUUGCUACACUUUGUGAAGACCUCAACACUUACUGCAGAGCCUCCUGGCACAAGUGGAAGGCCAACUUGAGACAAAAUUAUUUCAACACACCAUGGGCCAUUGUUUCUGUUAUUGCAGGUGUUAUUCUCCUUCUACUCACUUUGACACAAGCUGUGUGUGCUCUUAUCUCCCUACCGUCUCCCAAUUCGGAUGGAAAGCAACAUUGAAAUGUGACUAUUUCACCACUCCAUAGCAGUUGUACUUCUUGUAUGUGCUUAUAUCUGUGUAAGUUCAAAUAUUGGCAUGGUUCUUUGCUUCUGCACUCAAGAACUAGUUUUCUUCUGCAACAAUUUGAUAAGAUAUACAU